AUGUCGGUGUUUCACGAUGAAAUUGAAAUCGAAGAUUUUGAAUUCGAUGAAGAAUUGCAAAUUUAUACAUAUCCAUGUCCUUGUGGCGAUCGUUUCGAGAUAUCCAGGGAGAUGUUAGAAGCGGGAGAAGACAUAGCCACUUGUCCAAGUUGUUCUUUAAUUGUACGGGUUAUUUAUGAUCCAGAUGUGUUCAUAAAAUUGGAAACUGUCGAAUCGCAACCAAUCAAAGAAAUACUCGCUGAUUAA